AUGUCUACCUCUCCCAUUCCUCACGUCGUUGCCUACCUCACCCGCCCCCUGGCCGGCGUGUUCCCUGCCGCGCGUAUCUCCUCAGCCCAGCUCAUCCUCCACGCGUCCCUGGCUACCUCCAGUUCUGCCACGACUUUCACGCUAGCCUCGGACUGCACCCUUCCCCCCGCUCUUCUCGCCGCAUCCGUCGGCGCCAAUGUCCCAUGGUCAGCAUGGUAUACCGCCCUCGGUGGCAGCACGGACAGCGCCAUCGUCCUCUCUUUUGGGCCUGGCUACGUCAGAGCCCGUGUCGGGGACGGUGCGGUCGUCAGUGUCUGGAGCGAAGAGGCGCAGGGCAGCAUCGUCCCGAUCUCCCGAAGCGUGAGGCAACACGCGCACUCUCAGUCGCCCGACGCCCGCUGUCGACUGUCGCUCCGCUCCGUCGUGCUCUCCGCGCGCGUGCGCGCCCAUCGUCGCCAGCAAUCGAUCGAGAUCGAGCCCAUCCGGAUCCCCAGUCUGCUCUUCUCGCCCGACAGCCACUCUUCCGACAGCCACUCUUCCGACAGCUCGUCUGACGACGGCGAUGUCUCGGAUCUGGAGAGCGACAGCGGCGCGUCGUCGUACACGGCGUACUCGAACAGCAACGCCGCUUCACCCCCCGCCACGCCCCCGAAGCCCACACGUGUGCUUCCCACUGCUGCCUCUCCCCGUGCUGCUCGGCCAGCGAAGCGCGUAUCGCCCCGCACGACCGAUCUCACUGCAUACCUGUAUAAGGGUGGGGUCACGCGGGUCAUGACCGGUGGUGUCAUGCUUGGCCCUCGCGUUCUCAUUCGCUCGACCCGCUCUUGA